CAGACCCUGUACAGACUUUUGGGCCGCACGAGUAUAACUAUGAAACAAUUGAUAGGCUACUGACAUGGGGGCCGGCGAGGCUGAGGAUUCUGGAGAUCAGCCUUCCCUGAAUCGUGAUCCAUUUCCUACCCUUUUAACGAGUUCCUGGGUAAUUAUUGACCCAGGGACGACUGGCCCACGUCAACACCAACAUUCCUCCCAGCUUCAUCUCCCACGCGCUUUGUUACGUUGGCUUGAAUUAUAACCAUGAUGAUCUUCGUUCGAUAGCACCACUCAACAUGGACGCCGUUGUCUUUGAAGACUCGCCUCUCGCUAGUUACUUUGAGGGAAGUGGCAACAAAUCGGAUACUUGGUCGCCAGAUGAGGAACAAAAUGAAUCAUCCUCAGCGAACUCAAGCCCAUCAUUCGCGCCGCGAGGCAGGCCAACAGUCCCCUCGAGAUUUCGCCACAAACUCAUUUCGCCAUUGCGGAUAAGCGUACCAAAAACGACUGCGGCGACUGCGAUUCGGAAUACAUGCUCGGAAGCACUGAAUUCCCGGCUGGGAAAGGCCGACAAUACCAAAUUCCAGGAACGGUUUCGAUAUAUUAUAGUGGCAUCACAGUUGCUGAAUGACCGACAAUACCAUGGGCAGGCAUAUGGUAGCAAGUCGCCGCCGCGUUCGUCGGACGAUGCGCCUGUUGCCACCCUGAAGACGUUUAGCCCACGAGGCGCUGUUGUCACGGCUUCAGUCGCGUUUGGAGUGUCAUGGAUGAUUCGCUGGGGUUCUGCUGGGCGGGACUGGAUAUCCAUCACGUUACGAUGCAUAAUAAUUGCCGCACUGUUGGUGGCAGGAGCAAUAAUAGGCCAGGCAUACCUACGGCGCAAAUGGUUACUCUACCUCCGCGAGCAGAAUAUUACCGAGGCUACGAGACUCGUUGGACAGACACAAGAUUUAGAUUCCGCAGUGACAGCCGCGUUAUCUCUUAUACAAGAGGUUGAGCUCGUAUCAAGAGGGUAUCGAUUGAGCCUGCCACUACCACCGAUAACACGCCUCGAAGAUCGCAGCCAAGCGAGAAGGUGCCUUCAGUUGCGCCGAGCAUUAUUUGAUAGCGCCAUAGACCUUAUGCGCCGAUAUCACCAAGGCUACCUCGCUCUCCAGCCAUUGACAGAAUCGCUUAACCUUGAAAAGUACUACGAUAUAUAUGAUAUAACAACUAUUGAUAUGCAAGAGGCUCUUACCGAGUACACAAGAGACGAGUUCGAAGACUACGAGUCCCUGAGGGUCUUAAAAAUCCUCAUAUCUAGAUUUGUUACUCUGCGGAAGCUAUUUCUUUGCUGCCUUUUGGCUCUUGAAGCAGACGGCGGCAAGGAAGUCUUUACGAGGUGGAGAACUGCUCUAGGUGAGAUCAAGGGGCUUUCGGAUGUCGCAUCUAUAGCUGAUAGCCGGGUACGAUCCGUCUUUGAGCAAGAAGAAUCAUUCCCAGUACCAACGACCCCAAAGUCUCCCCUGACUCCUGGCCGCGAACGAUGGAGAAGCCAGCUGCGGAAGCUUAACACCCUAUCCACUGGAAUCAGAAGCUUACAAGCUAAAAUGCACGUUUUACGCGAAGAAUCCGACAAGACCUUGGAUGAAUCCGAAGACAUCUCCCAGUUAGGGCCGCAUUUGAUGAUCCAAUAUGAUGCCAUAGGUGUGGAUUUAAGAUCGUUAAUGAAAGAAUGGGAAGCUGGCAAAGCAGCGCUUGCGAACACGAUCGAUAGGAACGAGCGACGCAUUUCAUCUAUGAGUGGAUUACUCUCCCCGACAACAAGCUUAGGUGGCCUCACAUCGGUGGAAGAAGGUACCCCCGCAGAUGCAUUGAAGGCAUUGAACGGAGAAAGCCGCCUAAGCCCGGAAUUGAGUUCCGAGAAUGAAGAGGUAUUUGAGGCAAUUGGCCUCCCACGCCCAGGCAUAGGCCCACGAAGCACCCUCACGCGAGAAGAAAGAAUUGUCAAGAUGAAGGAUGAUAGAGUGAAGCGAGAAACGGCGCGAGAAACAGCUGAGGCGAGCACGAAGAUGCUUCGUGAGCUGGAAUCGGUGAUAAAUCUACGGCCUCGGCGCAAAAUAGGACCUAGACCGGGAACACGAAUUACGUCGAUAUGAUGAACGAAUUUUACUGUAUAUAUUUGAUCAAGACAGGGCCUGACGGCGACGAUUUCAUUCAAAGUUAAUUAGUGGUGCUUUCCAAGGUGGAAGCCCACACGCAUGGCCAGGAGCCUAGAAGCAUAUACAUAUACCCGGAAAUCUGUAAUUAGAUACAUAAUAGGAUAUCCUGCUCGUACUGUGCUCUAUCAGAUGCUUCCUCUUCGUUGACGACGAAAUCCGAAUUGUCUGAUAAUCACGUGACAAUCGAUUUAUUUAGGGGGGGCUGUCACAGUGGAAACCACUUAACACG